ACAAAAUAACACGGAAAUUGAGGUUUGAUGCCCUGGUAAAGACCUCCUCGCGAUGUUUCAGGAAGAGAACCCGAAAAUGGAAGUGGCGAGAGACGAGGGAGAAGAACACUCGCGAAUUGACGACGACGACGAUGAUCCGCCGAUGCUGAGUUCUCAAGCUCUCGAAGCCCUCAAAGAUUUCUUAACUGAACAAAACCAAAACCUCGUCUCCAACGACGGCGCCGCCGUAGAUGGCGGAGGCUUGGACGAGGAGGAGGUGGCACUAGUGUCGGAGGAUUGGAGGCUGAGCCAGUUCUGGUACGACCGUGAAACUGCCGAGACCGUUGCCAAAGAAGUUCUCACUCUCUGCGAGUCCAUCGAUUCUCCGUCGGUGGCUUGCGUUGCUUGCCCUACACUCUAUGCUUAUCUCAAGAAAAUUGAUCCUAAUGUUGCCGUUCAACUUCUUGAGUAUGACAAACGUUUUGAGCAAUAUGGAAAUGAGUUCACAUUCUAUGACUACAACCAACCGGAAGAGCUUCCAUUAUCAUUGAAGCAUGCAUAUCGAAUUAUAGUUGCAGAUCCUCCUUACUUGAGCAAUGAGUGCUUAGAGAAAGUUGCUCAAACAAUUUCUUUUCUCGUGCAAUCAGGAAAAUCUUACUUGCUUCUACUCACAGGAGAGGUGCAAAAGGACAGGGCUUCUGAGGUCUUGGGUUUGUGUCCAUGUGGUUUUCGGCCUCAACACUCUAGCAAACUUGGCAACGAGUUUCGACUAUUCACAAACUAUGACCCUGGGAUGAGAUUGGGAGGGUGGGGACGGGAGGAAUAAAUACUUUCAUUUUCCACACGAUUUCAACUACGCAAGUCAGAAUUAUUAUGACUGAUUUUCUUUAUAUGUUAUACUUCCAACUCAAUUUAACUUAUUCCUACUUACCGUUAGUAGCCGACCCCAAGUAGUUGGGAAAAAGCUUGGUUGUUGUUGUUCCUACUUCACGUUGAAAGAAAAUGGCUUCCCAGUGAUAAUGCUUGCUAUAAUUGUUAUAGGCUUCACAACUCUUCUUGGCAGAUUUUGUUCGAGAGGAGCCCUGGAUCCAAAACUUGUCACCAUGGCUGAGAUCAUCUGAUGCAGUUGAACUUUGAACUACAGAUUCAGUGCAUGGGCCACUUAAGACUCUUGCUUGAUUUCUUUUCUCUAAAGGAAAAAUGGAGGAAUCUUGUCCUAAAUGAAAUUGACAGCCUAAACUUAGAAGGCAUGUUUUUUAAUCUUGAAUGUUCAAGUGCCAAGAGCAGUUACUUUUUCA